AUGAAGCUAGACGUGAACGCAUUGAGGUACCUUUCAAAGGAUGAUUUUAGGGUUCUAACGGCCGUCGAAAUGGGGAUGCGUAAUCACGAGAUUGUUCCCACGCAGCUCAUCGACCGUAUCGCUUCUCUCAAGCAUGGAGGUACUUAUAAGGUCUUGAAGAACUUACUGAAACACAAGCUUUUACACCAUGAUUCCUCCAAAUAUGAUGGGUUUCGGCUCACUUACCUCGGAUAUGAUUUUCUCGCUAUCAAGACCAUGGUUAAUCGAGGAGUUUUUGCUGCUGUUGGUCGUAAACUCGGUACCGGCAAAGAGUCUGACAUAUUUGAGGUUGCCACUGAAGAUGGCACUGUUCUUGCUAUGAAGCUUCACAGACUUGGUAGGGUAUCUUUUAGGGCCGUCAAGUCUAAGCGUGAUUACCUCAACCAUCGCACUAGUUAUAAUUGGCUCUACUUGUCCCGUCUUGCGGCCCUCAAAGAAUUUGCCUUUAUGAAGGCUCUGGAGAAUCAUGGCUUUCCUGUUCCACAUGCAGUAGAUUGCAACAGACAUUGUGUUGUCAUGUCACUUGUUGAAGGAUACCCACUUGAACAGGUUAAGCAGCUGGAGAAUCCGGAAGUGGUUUUUGAAACGAUUACUGGCCUUGUCGUUCGUCUUGCUGAGCAUGGGCUAAUCCAUUGUGAUUUUAAUGAGUUUAAUAUAAUGAUUGGUGAUGAUGAAAAGGUGACAAUGAUUGAUUUUCCACAAAUGGUAUCAGUGUCUCAUCCUAAUGCUAAAAUGUACUUUGAUCGUGACAUCGAUUGUAUUUUUAAGUUCUUCAGCAAGAGGUUCAACUUGUCUUUCGAGGAAAAUUCUGCUGAUGAGAGGGGUGAUUCAGAUGGAGAAUCAGAUGAUGUUGUUGGUAAGCCUAGGUUUGCGGAUAUUAGGAAAGAAAAUGGUUUCCUGGAUAGGGAACUUGCUGCAAGUGGCUUCUCAAGAAAGGAUCAAGAUGACAUUGAACAGCUCAUGGGAGGUGAUGAUGAGAAUCAUCCAGCUUUGGACACUGAAGAAGAUGGCGAUGACCACCUUGAGCAAGAUGAAAUUACCUCUGAACAAUUGGACUCUUUGUGCUUGGACAAGGACAAAGAUGAUCCUGUCGAAUCUAGUAGCCACCAUCUUGAAGAAACAGAAAUUGAGCAUGGUGGAGUAGCCGAGGAGGAGGGGCAACAUGAAUCUGGAAGUCUUGAAGAUGGAGACGAGGUAGUUGACCCUGAACUGACGAAGAGUUUGAGUAAACAGAGAAGGCGAGCCAUUAAAGCAGCCCAAGGUGGAAGGAAGGCGUCUGCAUCUAGAAACUCAUACAAGGACAAGGGUGGCAGGUCUUCCUACAAUUCUAAAGUUCAAAAGAAUUUGUGCAGUUGGUAG